AUGCCGCGGGACAUGUCGUCGGCCCUGGCUGAGGAGGACCAGGAAGAGGCGAUGCCGGGAGAGGCGGCCAGCGAGGGGGGCGGCGACCCUGGCGCGGGGUCGCCGCGCUCGCGGGACAACAGGGACGGCGACCACGUGCUCGGCGCCGGCGGGGAAGAUGGCGGCCCCGGGCAGGCGGGAGAGCAGGGCCAGGAGGGGCCGCGCCGCCCGGGGCUGGGGGGCGCGCGGCAGCGGGCCCGGCGCCCCGCGUUCAGCGCGCGGCAGCUGCAGGCCCUGGAGAGCGUGUUCCUGGCGUCGCCGUACCCCACCACCAGGCUGAGACAGCAGCUGGCAGGAGUCUUGAACGUGACUGAAAGAAGAGUGCAGUCUUGGUUUAAGCAAAGACGGGCCAAGUGGAGGAGACGCCAGAGGGCAUCCAUGAUGAGGAACGUGCCUCCCAUGGCCCAGGGCCACCCUGUCGUCCUCAACAUGGGUGGUCCCUGCAGCGCCAUCUAUUUCCAGCAUCUGAAUUGCAUAUGGCCUGUUUUGGGUGCACCCCCGCCUGUGGUGCUGCUGCCGCAGCCGCCACCCGGGCACCAGCCAGCGCCAGGGCCCCAGCCGCCUCCCGGGCCCCAGCCGCCUCUUGGGCCCCAGCCACCUCCCGGGCCCCAGCCACCUCCUGGGCCCCAGCCACCGCCCUUGCAGAACCCCUACCAGCCGCCCUUCCUGUUUAUGCCUCCUCCAUUCAUUCUUCUUCCAUGUUGGAUCCCCUGUUCCAACCCGACCUGUUCCCUGCCCCGCUGUGCCCCACCCCCUCCUAACACGGCCUGGUACUUUACCGUCAAUGGGCCUGUGAUAGCCCCCUUUUUCUAA